AUGAAGGCAGCUCGGGCGUUUGUGCAAACUAAUAAUCUUGACAAGGAGAUGGAUGAAUGUAUUGAAAAAUUGAAAGGCUUGGAGUGGCGAAAUUCUGAUCCGAAAUACAUCACUGAUCUUAUGUUGUUCGCUGAAAAUGUUGGACAUAAUGAACGUUUUCGAGUUGUUAAAGAAAGGUUUCACCACUCCAUACAAACGAUUCAUCAAUGUUUUCAUGAAGUGCUAAAAACAAUGAUGUGUUUUGCAAGAGAAAUUAUUGUACCAACAUCUUCUAAUACAACAAGAAAUACCUCGGAACGACAUAGACGGCUAAAAAACAUAUUUCCUAGAGCAUUAUGUGCACUAGAUGGAACACUUGUACAUGCAGUUGUACCCGUUGAUGAACAAACUCGCUAUAGGGGAAGGGCUGGAUGGGAGGGCAUAGCACACGAUUCUAAAGUUUUGAAAGAAGUUCUAUUUAAUCCGACUUUUGGAUUUCCAUUCCCUCCACCAGAUAAAUAUUACCUUUGUGAUGCCGCAUACACCAACACCCGUGGAUUUAUGGCUCCUACCGCAAUACUAGGCGAGAUUUCCAAUUUUAAAACGUAUGGCUCCUUAUCCUUUUCCAGUGCAAAGAGACAUAGUCAUUGUGGAGGAAGUGAGGGCCAAAACAUACAAAACAUUGAAUGGGGUUCAGAAACCGUUGAGUAUAUGACUACUUUACGUGACCAGAUUGCUACUCAGUUAUUUUCAAAUGGUUCACGUUAA